GUCUUGUGCAUUUUCAAGGGAUGGAUCCUCUGGACGGGGCGAUGACAUGUGCGCCUAAACCAUUGGCCCUGCCGGAGGAUGAGCACCCCUGGGCCGUGGCGAUGACGGACGCCCUGGCCUGGGCCAAGAACAGCCGCAAGCGGCCCAGGGAGGACGAGCCAGGCCCCGCCGGCGACGGCCACUACGACCUCCUCCAGGUCUCGCGCUCCGCGAGCGGCGCGGAGAUCCGGAGCGCCUACCGGCGGGGGGCGCUGCUGACGCAUCCGGACAAGGGCGGCAACCCCGAGGAGUUCAAGAAGGUGGUGGCCGCCUUUGAAGUCUUGUCGGACCAGCUGCGGCGCAAAGAGUAUGACCGCCAGCUGCAGAAGCAGCAGAGCCGCGAUGGCCUGUCCGCGCAAACGCCCGCGGAAGCGGGCGAGGAGGCGCCCAGCGGAAGGAAGCUGGUGCUGGGGCGCGCCCGCCUGCUCAUGCUGCAGCUCCUGGAGGAGAUUGGAUGGCAAGAGAAGCUGCAGGCGGCGCCCAGGGAGGUGCUGGAGGCCUUGCUGUCUCAGCUGACCCGCAGAAAAGCCGCGGAGCCGGACGCCAGAGCCGAGGAGGGCGCAGUAUCGAGGGCACCGCGGGAGGUGGACCCUCCCGAGGGCUUGCCUCCAGGCUGGACGUGCUUCGAGUACACCUACAAGUCCGGGCUGCUGAAGGGCAAGAAGUACCUCCGCUUCAAUAGCCCCUGGGGGCAGCAGGGCAUCCUGUCGGUGAAGGCGGCCAUCCGCGCUCACGCUGAGCACAGCGGCCUGGACGGCCUCGCCGCGGCCCGCACCUGGGACGCGCGGCGGUUCUCGGCCGCGCCGGCAGCCGCGACUGCCGGCGGCGACGGUGACGGCGAGGUGCCGCGGGAGCCGCAGAGCGAGAGGGUGCGCACGCAGCAACGCAGUAUCUAUGCUGCGAAGGCCAGCAAUGGCAUCGUCAGGUACUUUGUGCAGCUCAGCUACUCCUCUUUCAUCAUCCGAACGGGGCGCACGCUGCAGCUGGCCGAAGCCAUCGACUGGCACAUCGCCCUGACGCAGACCGUGGCCACCGCCUCGGCGCGGCUGCGGCGAAAGGGUGGAAAUCCACUUCCGCCUCUGGAGCAGAGCGAGCUGCGGCAGCUGUUGCAGGCCGAGCCCAGCAUCCAGCUCUCCUUCCGCAGCGCUUUCUCCUCGAAGCACGGCACCAUCUACAGCCCCACCACGCGGGGUCUCGACCUCGCAGUGCAGCAGUACCACGCGCUGCGAGCACUGGUCAGGAGCAGACCCUCCCGGGAUCGCUUGGCAGCUUGCCGCAAGAAGGCGGCAGACGAGGCGUGCGCCCAUCAGAAGGCGCGGCAAGGCCUGGAGCGUCAGCUUCAGAAGGCAGUGCAAGUGGAGCUGCAGUCACGGGCAUGCGGAAGACUUGGUCCAGUUGAAGGACCUUCACCAGCGCUGCAAGCUCCACCCGUCGAGGCUUCUCAGGAUGCUGCCGCGGCGCUGGAACUCAAGG